CAUCCCCUCGCCCGCUCACCCCUCCCCUCGGGAAUCCUUUUCCCGCCCCCUCGCCCCCCGCGGAGUGCGCACGCGUCUGUCCCCAGCUUCGCGCCCAGAUCGCCACCUAACCUGCUCGCGCAGCCGCCGUCUCGUCUGCCCACCGACGAAGCAUGGGCGUCCAGGGCUUCCAAGAGUUCCUGGAGAAGCGCUGUCCCGGGGCCGUGGUGCCCGUGGACCUCCUCAAACUCGCGCGCACGGUCUCGCGCCAGCAGCAACAGCACCAGCAUCGCCAGCUGCCGCCUCCGGCAGCGCUAGCUCCCGGGGCUCCACGCACCGCCAGGGGCUCUGCGCCUCUGCAACCGCCACUCCCGCCCGCUGCCUUGGGUGCCUACUCCGGGGGCGCGGGGCCGACUCGGCACCAUCACCCCGCUCACCACUUCCACCACCACGGCCAGGCGCACCCUGGGCUGCACCCGCCGCCCCCUCCGCUGCCCGGGGCCCGGGUGCUUGUGGACGCGGGCUCGGCGCUUCCGCGGCUUUAUGGUGGCUACCAGACGGAUUGGGUGUGUGGUGGCCAAUGGAACGCCAUGCUGGGCUACUUGUCAGCGCUAUGCCAGGCUUGUGCCUAUCCCGGCGGCGACGGCCUGGAGCUGGUGGUCAUGUUUCCCGGGGGCCUGGGAAAGGACCGGCUGGCCGAGUGGGGCCGUCGGUGCCAGGCCGAGCGGCAGACAGCGCAACUGAUCGUGGGACACGUGGGCAACAAGGGCACCCCUCCUCCACGGGCCUGGUUCCUGCCACCGGCCUGCCUGAGCCACUGCGUGAGGCUAGCACUCAUCCGCUUCCGGGUCAAGGUCUUUCAGAGCCUUGAAGACCACCAUUUGGAAGUGGUGGCUUUUUUCAGGGAAAAUGGCUUCCAUGGCCUUCUUGCCCAUGAUUCCGAGUAUGCCCUCUACAAUAUUCCCUCUUACUACAGUUCCCAUGCUCUGAAGCUGAGCUGGAAUGGGAAGAACCUCACUACCAAUCAGUUCCUGAUGCAGGAAGUAGCCAAGCAGCUGGGCUUGAAACGGAUGAAUUUUCCUAUAUUUGCUGCACUGCUAGGUAACCACAUUCUCCCAGAUGAGGACCUGGCUGCUUUUCACUGGAGCCUCUUGGGACCAGAACAUCCCCUUGCAUCACUUAAGGUCCGAGCUCAUCAGCUGGUUCUUCCUCCCUGUGAUGUGGUGAUCAAGGCUGUUUCUGAGUAUGUUAGCUCCAUUAAAGACCCUUCAAAUCUGGAUGUGGUUGGGAAGGAUGUUUUCAAACAGUCUCAGUCUAGGACAGAAGAUAAAAUAGAGAGAUUCAAGAAAGCAGUUGAGUACUAUUCAGUCACAACCAAACUCUCUUCACUGCCAGUGGGUCCCUCCUCCUUUCUAGGUUUUCGGAAUAAUCGGCUUGGAAAUCCUCCCCUUCCACGAAAUCAGAUGGGCACUAUCUCUGCUGGAAAGCCAAUGUUUUCUCACCAUGUGCCCCAGAAAAUGAAAUAUCCACCACCAUUCCCAACGGGGCCCAACUCCUCUCUUCUCUUCUCUUCCCAUGCUUUGGGGGAAUCCCAUCCUUUUUCUGAGGAUCCCAUGCUGCAGGACAGCCCCUUUGCCAAUUGGGCUGUCUCUUAUGACUCCUCUGCAUCCCAGUUUCCCAAUUACCUGACUUCCAAAGCUUCACCUCCUUUGGGACCAGACUCUUCUCACUCCUCUUCCUCUGAUGGUGAUGAACCAAAUGGAGCCAGCUCUGAUCGUAUCACGGAAACACUUCAGCAGCAGCCUGGAUGGGAUGAUCCAAAUGGUGACAGAGGGUCCUGGGUACAGCCCAUCGGUGCUGGAGUUUCAGAUGCCAGCCUGGGUGAUGGAGAGCCCCACAUCCCAUCCCUGCUGUCUAUGUCUACAAGGAACCACAUGGACAUCACCAUUCCACCCUUACCUCCAGUAGCUCCAGAAGUCUUGCGGGUUGCUGAACACAGACAUCGAAGGGGUCUUAUGUAUCCAUAUAUCUACCAUGUUCUCACUAAGGGUGAGAUUAAGAUCCCCGUAUGUAUUGAAGAUGAGUGUAACAUGGAGCUGCCUCCAGCUGCUCUCCUGUUCCGGUCAGCUCGUCAGUACGUAUAUGGGGUCCUUUUCAGUCUGGCAGAAACACAACGGAAAAUGGAACGCCUAGCUAUACGGCGGCGGCUACCUGUGGAAGUUCCUUCAGUGAUCCUCAAAGAGUGGUCUGCCUAUAAAGGGAAGUCACCUCAAACCCCCGAGCUGGUGUCUGCACUGACGUUUCGGGAAUGGACUUGCCCAAAUCUCAAGAAGCUCUGGCUCGGCAAAGCAGUGGAGGACAAGAACAGAAGGAUGCGGGCCUUCCUGGCCUGUAUGAAGUCAGAUACCCCCAGUAUGCUCAACCCAGCUAAUGUCCCAACCCAUCUGCUGCUCAUGUGCUGCGUACUCCGAUACAUGGUUCAGUGGCCUGGUGGCCGAAUCCUGCAUCGCCAUGAGCUAGACACUUUCCUUGCACAGGCAGUAUCUACCCAGCUUUAUGAGCCAGAUCAACUUCAAGAACUCAAGAUUGAGAAACUGGAUGCCCGAGGGAUCCAGCUUGCUGCCCUCUUCAUGAGUGGGGUCGACACAGCUCUGUUUGCCAAUGAUGCCUGUGGCCAGCCAGUCCCGUGGGAGCACUGCUGCCCCUGGAUUUACUUUGAUGGCAAGCUGUUCCAGAGCAAGUUGAUUAAAGCAGGCCGAGAGCGAGUAUCCCUGGUUGAGCUCUGUGAUGGCCAGGCUGAUCUGGCAACCAAAGUGGAAAAGAUGAGACAGAGUAUCCUUGAAGGAGUCAACAUGAACCAUCCACCACCUUCUGCUCUACUUCCGUCACCUACUUUUGUGCCUCCCAUGGUGCCCCCUCUCUACCCUGUUUCACUUUAUUCCCGAGCCAUGGGCUCAAUGCCACCUCCCCCUCAAGGAAGGAGCCGGGGAUUCACAGGUCUCCAUCCAAUCCCUCCUCAAGGAGGAAAACUGGAGAUUGCUGGGAUGGUUGUGGGCCAGUGGGCUGGCAGCAGGUCCUCCAGGGGCCGAGGCUCUUUUGGCAUGCAAGUGGUCUCGGUUGGUGGGCCAGGAAAAGGGCAUGGAAAAGAACAGACUGGUAGAGGAUCCAAAGGACACAAAAAAGGAAAUAAACAAAGCACUUCAGAUGGAGUUUCUAAAUCCCUAGAGCCUCAUCAGGGUCGGUCCCACUCACAGGUAAAUGGAAACAAUGGCACAUUGAUCAAGGAAGAGAAGAGUGAUCAUCAUCUUCCAGCUCCAUCACAGUGUGCCUUAUCCAGAGACAGCAAUGUGUGUACUAAUGGUAACCGCUACUUCCCCGUGAAGAAUGGGGAGAAGAGCCGCUUACGAGAGCAAAAGCUAGGAACUGUGGCACAACAGAAGGAGGAAUAAUGAGCAGAAGAUGGCUUCAGCAGAUCAGGAAGAGAGGAAAACCUUUACCUUUCUGAUUGUAGGCCCAAGUUAGAGGAAGACAUAAAUGCUUACCCUAGAUUUAUCCAAGAUUUUGUUGGGACAUCCUAUUGUAUUCAUCUUUUCCCUUUCCCUGUCUUUUUCUGACCUCCAGACUUCGUGGUCUGCUUCUGGGGAAGCUCUGGUAAAAGAUGAAUGGCAACAGGACUAGGUCCUAUUCUCAAGUAGAAUAUGUAAUGCCAGUAUUCUCUUUGCCUCCCCUGGGAGUGUAGUAAGGCAGUGUCUGUCAGAAAUCUGGUGUCAUCAUGUAAGGCCCUAUAGAAAAGCUCCAGCUUUGGUUUUCUGAGUCUUCAUCAUGUUACUCUUUACAAAACUUGUGGGAUGGCAGGGACUGCUGUCUGUGGCUUCCUACCUUGCUUUUUUCUCUAUGAAUUCGUGAGACCUUGGUAUAUAAUCAGUAUCUGCCUUCCUCUCGUUCUUUCCCCCCAUUCACCUAACCCAGGAUUUUAUACAACCGCCUCUAACUCUGGCCUGACAAUCAGAUAGGUAAAUGUUUUCAGGGAAGUGAAAUAGUAUUGGUUAUUUUAUUUUAUUUUAUUUUUUAUUUUAUACACUUUUAAAAAAAACUACCAAUGGCCUUUGUACUGGGGGAUUCAAGUGAGUCAGAAAAGUACGGGCAGAUUUUUCCUGCCUCUGAACUAAUGCAUUGUUUGUAAAAUAGAAGAUGUGGUGCAGUUCACCCACUCCCUGCUGCCCACACCCUGAAAGGGUGGGAAUCAAUGUAAUGAAACUGAGUACGAAAAGGAACUCAAAAGAUGGUGUGUGCGUGUGUGUGCGUGUGUGUGUUUGGGUAUGGGUGUGUGGGUGUAUGUAUAUAUGAAUGUGUGUAUCUAUAUGCAUACACAUACCCUUUAUAUAAAGAGACAGAUCUAUUUAUCUAUACAUAUUUUAUAUAUAUAAAUAUAUGUGUGUGUGUGUGUAUGUGUGUGUGUGCACACGUACCUACAUACAUGGUGAUGUCCCAGAAGAUUUGCUGAAUUUCCCAGAAAUGCUUCCACUGCUAUGGAGUGGUGGGUUUCAAAAGACCACACUUUAAAAUCCUUACUGAGUCACAGCCCAUCGGUUAUGAGAAGAUGGGCUUCUCUAAAGCAGACAAAAAAGUACUUUCCAGAGAUUGCCCGUUCAGAACAACAAACAGUUGGGUUGUCACAAGUUUAAUCUUGAACGGAGUCCUCACAUCCCAUAUAGUGAACAAGAAGGUUGGAAUGGGGUGGGGAAUAUUUGGGCAUUUCCUUCUGCUAGAGCAGCCUAGUUCAGAGAGAGAAGGGGGAUGGGAGGUGAUUACCAGGGCUUGCAGUUAAUUUGGAGGAAAUCUCAUCUGGAGCUUCUGGGUCAAACCGACCUCAGGCUAGAAUUGAUUGCCAUGAAUCCCUGAAGGAGAGAACUAGCAUUGGAAACAUGGGGUAGGGAAGUGUGAGGAAAUCGACAAUUUGGUUUUACAUGCCUAGAUUGUUUUAUUUGUUCAUUGACAUUUUGACUACUGGAUCUUUUCAUUUGCUUUGCAAGGAAGACUUCAGAGGACUCUGGCCCAGGCCUUUGCGGGUACUCUGUAAAGGUUCCCAGCCCCUGAUGAGGCCAGAAUCUGCCCAGGACAAAAAAGCUGUUCUUCCCUGCCAGAGAUACUCUUGAGGCAACCUUGCAUUUCCAGUUUCCCUCCUCAGCAGCUUAAGUAUGAGGGAUGGGAACAUGGCUUACAACAGAUUAGCAUUGUGUCUUCAUUCAGGAAUUGAGGCUUUCAGCCUCACACAUCUCCUUUUGGGCUUUGUGAUACUCUUGCCCAAGAAGUACCAUGUCUACAAGAAUUCAACUGACUAGACUUCUAGCAGGAUUUCUCUCUCUUUUUGAAAAACCCCAUGCACCUUAACCCACAGUAAGUCCUUGGUGAUUAUUUUCCAGACAACCAAAAGUCUGUUUGCUUACUGCCCACUUACAAUGAGCGCAUCAUGAGAGAUUGAAAACAGUCUCAGACUGUUUAAUCCUAGUCUAGCCCAGUUUAAGAGAACCUACAACUUGUAGGGGGAGGGAGCCCUUAGAAUGUCUCUCCCCCUGCCCAGACACUUCUUACAUAAACCAAAGCAAGAUGACAAAAGUGAACACCUAGCAAGAUAUAACCAGAAACAAAGUGUACAAAAGCCUCCUCUUUGGAAUUUGCUCCUUUAAUUUGGUCCCCCCCCCCCCUUCUCUUGGGCCUGCUCAGACUUUCACAAAAAUCUUGAAGGUUAGGAUUUCUAUGUCCAGCAAGAGAGGGAUUCGGUACUGAACUUAGACAGCUUGGAAAUUUCUUUCUGGAGCCAAAAAGGGAGGGAUCCUUUGAAUCUCUAAAAAUAACCAGAAUUACUGAGCUGAGUUAAAUUAAAUAUAUAGACACCAUUUUCUAAUAGGAAGUACUUGGAGUUAUAUGGAAAGGUAUUUUCUUCAGUUGCCAUUUCUAUGCAUCUUGAAUCUAUUCGACACAAUCAAGUGACAGUAUUGUUAACUCUCACAGCCUUAAGAAAAUUUAUUUUGUAGGCAUUCACUGUGAGAAGUAAAAUUGCUGCUUUGACAGGGGUGAUUCCAGUUUGCCAAAAGGCUUGCUUUUCUCCCUUUCACACCCCUCUGCUUUCUCCUAACCUGGCCAAGGGUGAAAUAAGUGGCUCACUUCCAACCUUGAUUUUUAUUUGGAUUCAGCAUUUUGGGUUUGGAAGGUCAUAAUAAAGAACCAUAAAGGGCCAUAUUCCUGUAUUUUAAUUUAUCUACCAAAAUCUACAGUUUUGAAGCCAGAAAGGCUAAGGUUCAUUACUGGAAGAUGAACUUUUUCUUACCUGAGGACAAAUUGGGGAAGGUGGGUCUGAUCUUUGCUGCUAGUACCAUUUGAAGAGACUGUCAUCCUUUACUUGAGGCUCCAUUUCUGACUAUGAUUUGUGUGCCUCUCUUGAACAAAGUCAUAUAGGAACC